AUGAGUGAUGAAAUUGAAAAUGUACAAUCAUCUUUGGAGAAAGUUUUAAAAGAUAUGCGACAAAUGAUAAGUUCAAGAUAUACUUUACCGAUGAGAAAUUCACAACCAUAUGGACCACGAAUGAAUCCUUCAUCAUAUAUUAAUCAACAAAUGACUAAUGAUUAUACUCAAUCAUUUUAUCUUUCUCAAGCAUUUUCAGAAAAUGCAUACAUACCUACAAAUAAUCUACGACUUAUGAAUUCUUCAUCAAAUGAAACUAUGCCUAAUUAUCCACAUUUAAUCCCAUCAAAUGGAUUUCAAUCAACAUAUUCAACUGGAAAUAAUAGUCUUUCAUUAGGAUCAACUGUUUAUCUACAACAAUUUUUCCAACCUUACUCAAUACCAGCAAAUUAUUCAGGACCACAAGGAUUACCACCGCUAUCACCAUAUGCAAUUCCUAAUUUACAACAACUAACACAACUAACUCAACAAUCACAAACUAAUCGGUCAACUGUACCAAAAUUCCAGCUUGCAAUACCACAAGCAAAUCCAUAUGCACAACCAGUACUUCCAGAAAAACGAAAAAAAACUCCAUUAACUAUUGUUGAUCCAGUAUCACAUAAAAAAGUUGAAGUUUUUACUAAACAAUCGACACAUACAUCAAUGACAACAGCAAUAGCAUCAGAAUUAUUUCCACACAUACCACAUGAAACAUGUUUAACAGAAUCGACAACUACAGAUUCAAUUAUAUCAAAUUCAAAACAGAUAAUUGAUAAAAGUAAAACACAACCUCAAGUUGAUGUUCAACGACAAAUUGCCGACAAACUAGUCGAUUCUUCCAAUGUUCAAACAGAUAAUUCUUAUGGUGAUCCAAUACUAGUCGCCAAUGAAGAAAUUAAUUCAAAUCAAUCGGAAUCUGAAUCUACAUUAUUAGACUGUGUUGCAAAACCAACAACAACAAUAAUAAAUCAUGAUAAAUCUCAAGCAGCAUCAAAUCAACGUUUACGAUACAAUCGUCAUGAACUUUUACGUAUUCGCGAUAGUUCAGGACCAUUUGCAAUUCCACUUAAUCUUCCUGAUCUUAAUAGUGUUCUUAGUCGACGUGAUAAUAAUAAUCCACAUUAUUCCUAUAGAGGUCAGAGAUCCGAUACUCGCCGAGUUUUCUCGCCUCGUCUCGUGACAAGCCAAGGCGGCAUUCUUCGUACUAAUGCGAGUACGCGUUGA